AUGGCUGACGCUGCUGUGAGUUUGACUUGUUUCAGAGCACAGAUAAUGAGGGGUAUGACAGGCUAGACAAGCUAAUAAUAAUAUAAGUUACACGAUGUGAGCACAGUUGAGAAGUUUUUAGGAAGUAUGCACUGUAUUGACGCUCUAAAGUGAGGUCGUAGAUAGACUAGCUAAACUAAGCUGAUUCCUGUGAGCUACAUAGGGGGUAUGCAAGACGAUUUAUUGAAAACACUAAACGGUGCGUUUUGAAAAAAGUGUCUUGUGAGUUGAACUCUUGAGAAUGCGUGCUUGAAAGACACCGUCAAACCCUAAUUGCAUUACUAACGUAAGUAAAUUUUGUGCUACGUGGAGCUCAACACAUCAACAGAAGGCUGUAUUCUGCGCUAUAAGUUUUUCAUGAAUAAUUUCGAUUCGAAUAGUUCAGAACACGUUUCGUAAUUCGAGCCGACCAAGAGCAUAGAUUAUAUCCAGAAUAGCUUAAAUCCGAACUAUGACAUCACUUAACUAUCCCAAUUUUUAGAAGAACGCUCUCUCUUCCAUCUUCGACAGAACCAAGGACGUCCUAUCGACGGCGGCUGACGCCACUAAGGGUUACGCCACGCAGGCGCAACAAGCCAUCGGAAAGAUUAUUCCGGGAGCUAGCCACGAGUCGGACCCGGUUGGUUUUACACUACAGAAACCUAUAAUAGUUGUGCUUUUUCUAGAACGCUGCCGUUGCUGCAGCUCAAGCGGCGUCUGGCCAGCCUGGCGAUGCCUCCGGAGCCAUUCCGCCAUCCCAGUAA